AUGCAGUUGAUCGAUCCCCAUGGACCGCACGCCUUCAAGACUUCAAAGUUGCCCGCCAGCUCUCUGGUGAAACCAAGACUCGACACAGACCGGGUCGCCGUCGUUCGCUUUAGGGACCGCCGCCCAAUGAGACAGGCGCAGCAUGACCCAGCAUUACAUUUGUUCAGCCAGCCAUUGGUUUUCUCUCCAGACACAGGCGUACCUAGCUGGGUAGAUGGACGGACGUUCCAAGGCUCCAAGGCUCCAAGGUUCCCAAGGUUGUGGUUUUGGCGUGCUUGGUUGGCAGGACAUUUCAACACCACACCACCUCCCCGAGGUCCAGGGUUGCUGGGCACCUCCAGUGGGCAUGGAUCACCUGGGUGUGCCGGGGCAGGUCCACUGGUCCACUGGUCCACUGGGUACAAAGUAUACUACAAUAUACACAUUGUUGGCGGUUCACUAGGUCUACCGGUACUGGGUCCCCUGUGUACUGCCCGUGCCAAGUGGCUGUUUGUAUCUCCCGGAAUGGUACAAGUAUCUCCCGUAUUCGUAUGUACCAAACUUUGCAUUCACUUCUCCGAUGCAAAUCCAGAUUUCCAGAUUCUAGCCGACCAUCCCUCUAGCCUCGAUACCGCACAAGCAAUCCCUGUCCAUGUGAUGCGCCGCCGACGCCAAAGCACCCUUUCUGGCAGCGUCGGCGUGGUUUGUUACUCUACCAGGUAUUUCAGUCUGUACUUUGGACCCUUGAGCAACAGGUACCGGUACGGUACCCUUUUGUGGAUCCUCAGAGGCUGCUCGAGUAGGGCUCGCGAGCAAAAAGAAUCUUACACCUCGAGGAUUUUGGUCAAAUCGCUGUCGAUUAGGCUCUGUGACUUGAAGCUCUUUCAAAGAAUUGGCAAUCAGCUGAUGAGCUCAGCCAUUCUGACCGUUCAGCACCUGGCCCUUGGCCACCCGGUUCCUCGCAUUCACAGGCGUAGCGAAGCCAAAAUUCAGGGGCUUCAUGGGUCCAUGGGUCACUUGGACCCAAUGCUCAUAAUCCAGAGGCGGAUCCGACAGCGUUUUGAGGCUCCCUGUGGUAAUGGGACAGGCCAUCUUCACGUUCCCCGUAGCAAUGUACCCGUCAUUUACUUAGACAAGCUGCUUCUGUCCGAAGCUGGGGCUCGAGAUUACCCUUUAGCCGGCUCAAUCGUAGUCGGCAUUUGCGUGCUGAGCCAGGUUACGACAACCACCUACCGAGUUCCUCAUGUGGGCCUAUCGUACUUGCGAGGGCUCAACAACUCUCAUCUCCCUACCUUUCAUCAGUUCAGGUACAAGAGCAUGCGUUGGACGAUUGCUUUGCCUUCCUUGGGCCUUGUUGCCCCGACUAAAGCUCUGAUCAGGUUUGGUUGUUCUCAACUUGUAGUUGACCGACUGGAUCCCCUGGUAGAACCUGGAAAUGCUCCUUCCGCACAUCUUCACCAGAUUAUCGGUGGCAACUCCUUUCUUCCUAACAUGGACCCUUCUGUACAUGACCCUGCGAACCUUUCUACUUGCACAACCUGCCAACCCGCAGACGAUUUCUCCAACUACUGGACAGCUUCACUAUAUUUUCGUGCACGCAACGGGACCUACAGACGGGUCCCUCAGAAAGCAAAUACCGGCUUCGAAGGGCAAAAUGGCGGCAUGACAGUUUACUACAUGCAGAAUCAGCUAGCCGACUACCAGCAGCAGGCCAAGGUCAAAGCAUUUCAACCACUCGUUGGUGCGCCGACGGCAUCGACCAAGCCAGAGGCUGACAAAUAUCCUCAGCUCACUUACACCUGUCUGCAAAACAUGGGUACUCGAUUCCCAGAGACUAAGAGCUUUCCGAAAAAGCCUUGUCCUUCGGGUAUCAUGGUCAAUUUGAGAUUUCCUACCUGCUGGGAUGGAAAAAACCUUGAUUCACCCGAUCACAUGUCUCACGUAACUUACCCAGUCUCCGGUACUUUCGAGUCUCAAGGUCCAUGUCCGUCAUCUCAUCCGGUUCGUGUGCCACAGGUGAUGUACGAAGUCAUCUACGAGACCGGGGCCUUCAACGAUCCCUCAAUAUGGCCUGAAGAUGGUAGCCAACCGUUUGUCUACUCCUUUGGUGAUAAGACGGGGUUUGGAAACCAUGGAGAUUACUUGUUCGGCUGGAAAGACGAUGCAUUGCAGAAGAUCAUGGACGAAGAGUGUUAUGUAAACUGUUCGAGCAUGCGAACUCAAAGUAUCGAGCAGAUGAACGCUUGUAGCGUUAGCCGGAAGGUUGUUGAGGACAUUGGUGACGAUGACUGGAUUACUGUGCUCCCUGGCCAGGCGCAAACUGUGUAA